CACGCACAAAGCAUUUGUGAAGCAAUACAGUUUUUCACGCCAUAAAAAUCUGAUCGUAGUAGUACAACAAGGAGAGGAAAUUUGCAUGAUGCGUUCAAAGGUGAUAAUAGCUGGAUUGCCGGCAUGGAUUGUAUUACUGUUGUCGUUAAUAUUCAUUACGGGCGCUUUUUCCCAGCUGACCUGUGGUGGACCUUACACAAACUCGAUAAGUGCUGCCGUAACGCCGGGUACAACGAUUGGAACAGUGACAACGACAAGUUCGAGUGGUCAAACCGUUUGGUAUACCAUUCCAGAUGCCAGUGUUAAUCAGUAUUUGAAUAUCAAUCCUUAUACCGGCGUUAUCACUACCAGCAGCAUUAUUCAGUCAUUUAAUUUAAACGGAAGAACAUCCUUCCAGUUUAAUGUGCAGUCCACCGACGCUACUGGAGCGACCUGUACGAGCAUGGUGACCUUAAACGUUGUUGGAGCAGCAGCUGCCACAGCAGUGGCUACUAGCAACACAGCGGUCAACUCUGCCCUGGGCUUCGGCAGCAGUCUGUUCGGUGGCUCCGGGCUAGUGGUCUUCGGGAAUCCAUAUUACUACUGUGAUUACUGUGGCGACGGAUACUACUGCUAUAACGGACAAUGCUACGCUCGUGUAGACCAGAAUUACAAUAACUACGGAACCGCUUUUACCCAGAAUUCCUAUUCUUUCUCCACAUCCGGGUGCACCACCGGAAGUAGUGUGGGCACGGUGUCGUCCUCCGAUAACGGCCGGUAUUCCACCAGUUCCGGUCAGUUUGCCAUUUCCAAUUCCGGUGCGAUUACUAUAGCCAGCACCCUGUCUGCCGGAACGUACACGUUCUACGUGACCUCAUAUAGUAAUUAUUACGGAUAUCUAUCAACGGCCACGGUAACAGCUACGGUUAGUUGCGGCAGUGGCACUAGUAGCAGCACCACGACAUGUGCAAUUACCAUUUUCGGACUAUGUUACAAUCAGACUACGACAACAAGUAUCACGGGAACCGUGCCGACCUUUUCGUCCAGUGCGUAUACUUUCACAUCGACAUCGUGCUCAUCUGGAACGACUGUGGGAACCGUUACAGGAGUCAAUGUUACCUCGUAUUCUAUUAACUAUGGAGGGAAUAAUUUUGCAAUUAGCAGUGCGGGAAAUGUUACAUUGGCUUCGACAUUAACAGCUGGAACGUACAGUGCCACGGUGGUUGGCACCAGUAGUUCCGGUAUUCAAACUGCAGUACCGAUCACAGUUACGCUCAACUGUUGAGUGUUACUAUUUUUUUAUU